AUGCUUAGACCGGACGACAGCCACGCAGCUGCCCCUCCGGCCACGACUGGGGGACGCUUUCCCUGCUGUAUUACGCUGGAGGACAUCAGCGUGGACCUCUGCACCAUCUUCGCCUCUCCCUGGCAGUCAUGCGUCGAGACGCCCUGCUGGGAUGAAAUGCGCGUGGUCAUGUCUAGGGACGGUGCCACUCAGUGCACACGGUGGCUUUCACCGACGUUGGCAAUGCGCCAGCCUGCGGCCGUCGGGGCCAAAGGAGCCGAUGCCGUCAGGGCAUCAUCGGAGAAUUCCUUCGCUGUCACUGAGGUGAUGUGGUCCCCCCUCAAUACGGCGGCCUUUACGGUGUACUUUAGGUUGCAUGACAAGGACGCCGAGCGCUCACUCGACCCAGGACACGCGCGCCCCGCGAAUCUGACGAACCUGAAGUACUUGGAAGAUGCCGGCCACGGUGAAGGCAGGGGGCGAACCCGUGAGAGGGUGCUUCCAAAGACAAUUAACCCUUUUUACCUUCGCGUUGAGUGUCGCAACCCCAAAAAUCUCCGUUUGGGGGCUGAAGGGGGUGAGAAAGCUCCUACCAGUGCGAGCGUCGAGGCGGUGUCUGCGUACUGUGCCAAGUGGGUGUCGAGGGUAUCGAGCGUAUUCAAGAAGGCCUCGAUCAAACUUGCUACAGAGUUUUCAACAGGAUCUCCCUCCGUCAAAAAAGAAGAGGCGGGUCCCUCUCUGACGAUGCUAACUAACCGGUACAGCAGAGGUGCACCUGCCUUCUACCUGUGUGAUAAAAACGGGGUGGACCCCAGUGAAGCGUACAACGCGGUUGGGGGAAGACGACGCAUUUCACUGCAGCUCUUUCCCUCGCACCCGAAAUUGCCCAGGAAGCAGACAGGCGUGCCUCUCAAGCUCCACUUCACCAUGGUGGCUCACUAUGACGACUGCGUUACCCGUCCUGUAAGAGAUUACCACUCGCUGGUGGUGUUGGUCGACCAGGUGAGGUUGGACGUUGGGAUGGCCCGGCAAGACACGGACGCCAAAAACGGUGCUGCUCCUCGGCUGGUGACGGGGUACGCCUUUGGUUUUACCUCGGACACCUCCAAGACCGUCGAACUUUGCUAUCGUUCUCCGUUUUUAGCCCCACCCGAGGUCCAGUCGAGGGAGGAGGGGGAGGUGCGACUCGUGGAUUUCUCGUUGCUGCAUCCCUCGCAAAACGAGCGUGAACUAACCGCGUUGGACUUGGCGGCGAACCCGACGUCUGCGUGUAUUGUCUCUUCCGGGUGUAAAGUGGGAAACAAGAGGCGAAUCGGAAACCGUGUCGUCUUGGUCUCUCGCUUCAAGACGGGCGUCGACGGUCUUUGCAAGCCGUCGUACAAGUGCCGGCUGGUGAUGGGAUUGUUUCGUCGCUACGACACCGGCGAGGUGGAGCUGGAGCGGUGCGAGCGCCCCCUCGACCUCGCCUCCAUCCUCAACCAGGACUACUACCCAGACAAGGUGCGAGCCAUGACGUUCUCUCGGGGAGAGUUCAUGAGUUUCAGGCUUCGUAGGCGCUGCUUUGCGGCACCUGAGCAGUGCCGCAGUGAACUCCUCCUGCCGUAUGAUUACGACAACAGCGGCGUGGAAAUCGGCGCGGCGGCGGAGGCGGACGACGCUGUCUCCUUCUCAGAGGGGUGUGUAGAACAGGCACACGUGGAGGCUGCUGCCGCAAUGGUGGCCAAGGACGAUAGCACCACGCAGUUGGGCGAGGGAAAUUCUACCGCGUCGAGGCACACUAACGAUGCGCCCGAGAGCGGCUCCCGUCAUCCGGAUGCGAGUGGGACUGCUGCCGCGCCGGCUGCCUUCCUCACGGGCGCCAUGGCGCAGGUGGCGGAGCAGCCGGUUACACGCAUAACGGACAGUGUCAUGACGUCGUACAACAACUAUGAAGACAAUACUUACGCCCCUGUACAGAACGACAAGGCGUCGGUUGCGACGGACUCAAGAGCCGGCACUGUGGAAAGUGAGCCACUGCGAGAUGGAGAUCAAACGUGUGUAACAACGUUAACUGCCAGUAAUAACUUGAACCCCUUCCCCGUGCAAUGUACGAUGUUCAAUCCUUUUGCGUCCGUGUCAGACUCUUCAGAGUCCUCACCCAAGCCCUCCUUGGAUAUGAAGGCCAGCACACCGCCCGAGGUGGGUCUGAAGAACCCCUUUGAAGAGAAACCCAAUGCGUUUGUGUUUGACAUCAAUGAACCCAAAGAGAGGGCGACGGUUGGAGAUUUGAGACUAGUUACUUUUGAAAUAACUCCCCAGCAGGAGAGCGUGCAUGAUGGGACCACCGGAUGGCCUGCACUAGUGAGGCCCUACACGCUGGAGCCCUUUAAAACCCCAAGCACAUCGGGGUCUUAG